GUUGUUAUUGAGCCCCACCCUUUUUUGCAAAACUUUAGCUCAAUGGAUUCUCCUGGACCAACAGACAAUACAAAUCAACUGCAAAUUACUGAUCUUGCUGAGGUACUUCAAUUACUCAGAAGACAUGGUUACUCUGGAACCAGUUACUAUGAGCUUGGUCUAUUUCUUGGUCUAUCUGUUAAUACAAUACGAGUCAUUGAAGCUGAUCAAAAAGGAGAUACUGGAAGGCGUCUACAUGAGUGUCUUACUAAAUGGUUAAAGAAAGCUGAUAAUGUACAGAAGAAAGGUGGUCCUACUAUCUAUUCAUUGGUAUCAGCAUUGAGGGAAUUAGGAGAGAAUGGAGUAGCUGAUGGAAUAGAUAUUGAAAUGCAUCCUGGUUGUAAAAUUCUUGCUCGUUAUGCAUCAAACCAAUCUCUUGUGUCUGCAUUACCUCAGUUUACUGCAUUGUUGUGCUUAGAAAAGUUAAUAAAAGAGAUGAUGUCUACCAACAUACAAGGAGAAGCUGUGCUGAUUGAAAUAAAAGAAGUUGUUUGUAAUGACUAUCAAAAACUUCAGGCAUUGGCUGAAAUCUUGCAAAAAUUCAAAGUGACUGCUAGCAUAGGAAAUACUAUAAUGAAAGAAUACAGAGAUGCAUAUUGUAUUGAUAAUUUAAUUGAAGUAAAUGACAACACAAAUGUUGAAGGGCUGAAAAUUUUUCUUCCUAUGAAUGUUACCUUAGAGUUUAAAAAGAUGCGGCUAGCUUUGGGCCAAACAUUUUUCAAAGUGGGAUCAAUCAUGAUGAGGAACCCUCAAUCUCCAACACUCGAGAACAUAAAAUAUGUACUGGGUGCAUAUGAAAAAGCAUUGAGGCCACAAAUUGCUCAAUGCCAAAAUAUCCAUGAAAUUUUACAACUGGUUUAUGAUAGCUGUCAACUUGAUGACAUUAGUGUGCUAGAGUUUUUUGUUGAUGAGUUUAAUAUAGAGGAGGCUAAGGAAGCUAUUCAGAAAUAUAAAAAGGCAAUCGAGGAGCUAAAGGCAACGAAACUCAGUCAAUGUCUGAAUGAAGAAAAUAUAGCAGUGAAGACACUGAGAAGCAGAGUCAUGUAA